AUGACUCGGUUCCUUGUCACCAAGGAGCUAAGAACCCUCGUCGAGAGCUCCACACUAAAAGACUCUGAAAAGGACAAAUUCAAAUUGCAUGAGAAUUUGGAACAUGAGGAUUUGGUGAACUUCUACCGUACUGCCAAACCUUGUUCAUCGCUUCUUGAGCUUCUCAGAAGUUCCAAAUUGGUGAUCCCAAACAAGAAUACCAAAAAUGAGGACACGCCGAAGACCAAGGAGUUUCUUCAAGCUAUGGAGAAGCUUCGAAUUCAAGCCCAGGAAGAUGAAUACCAGCGACUCGUCCAGAAGACAGAAGCAGAUCCAUUCAAGCUCUAUGAGCAGAAGAUCGAUGAAAAUUAUAACCCAGCCAAAGCAAGCAAGGAGGUCAGAAGCCACAUCACCACUAUCUUUAAUAUCUUUAUCAGUGUGGUAAGUGUGGUGUAUGCAAUUUGGUACUGGACCAAUAGCUCUGCUUAUAUGAGAGACAGCUACCGUGUGUUGCUCUGCGUUUUUGCAGGACUCUUCAUUCUAGUGGCAGAGGUUGUUGUUUACAUGGGAUACUUGAAUAAGAUUGGGGAAGCCCGGAUCAGGGAGCGAAACAAGAAAGAGGUUAAGAAGGUGGUCCAGACAUUCAAGCUAGACUGA